AUGGCAUCUACCAACAAGAUAGUAUUUGCUAACGAAAUAAUAUCUACUAACAAAAUGGUAUCCACUAACGGAAUAGCAUUUGCUAAUAAAAUAACAUUCACUAACGAAAUAACAUCCACUAAUGAAAUGGUAUUCACUAAUGAAAUAGUAUUUACUAAUGAAACAGCAUCUACUACUAACAACAAUAAAGUAGAAUCUGCUAAUGAAUCUGCUAAUAACAACAACAACAAAGAAACAUUUGCCAAUGAUAAUUUACCAUUACCAAGGUCUAGAUUGUUGGUACGAGAGUUUGAGGUCGCCGGUUACGUUGCUGGUACUAAUUGUUCAAGCUUGUUGGAAGGUUCUAAGGCU